AUGUCUUUCUUGUUGCAGAUGGCAUCAGCAAAUGACUCCAAAUGGCAGAAAGAUGCAGCUGACCAGAAUUUUGAUUACAUGUUCAAGCUGCUUAUCAUUGGCAACAGUAGUGUUGGCAAAACCUCAUUUUUAUUCCGAUACGCUGAUGAUUCCUUCACGUCUGCUUUUGUUAGCACAGUGGGAAUAGAUUUCAAAGUCAAGACAGUGUUUAGGCAAGAUAAACGGGUAAAACUACAGAUAUGGGACACAGCUGGUCAAGAACGGUAUAGGACCAUCACAACGGCCUACUACAGAGGUGCUAUGGGAUUUAUACUAAUGUAUGAUGUGACAAAUGAAGAAUCUUUCAAUGCUGUGCAAGACUGUCUCACUCAACUCUCUCUUAUCUUCUUCAUCACACUAGUCUCUCUUAUUCUCAUUCAUCUCUCUUAUUGUCUUCUUCUCACUCGUCUCUCUCUCUCUUCUUCUCACUCGUCUCUCUCUCUCUUCUUCUCACUCAUCUCUCUCUCUCUUCUUCUCACUCGUCUCUCCUCCUCUUUCCUCCUCACUCAUCUCUCAGACUUUCUAAACUCCGUCUCUCUUCCUCACACAUCUCUCCCUGUCUCUCUUCCUCACACAUCUCUCCCUGUCUCUCUUCCUCACACAUCUCUCCCUGUCUCUCUUCCUCACACAUCUCUCCCUGUCUCUCUUCCUCACACAUCUCUCCCUGUCUCUCUUCCUCACACAUCUCUCUCUGUCUCUCCUCCUCACACCUCUCUCCCUGUCUCUCCUCAAAACGUCUCCCCUCUCUUCCCUCCUCACUUGUCUCUCUUUCCUCCUUACUUUUCUCUCUCUCUCUCAUGUCUUUCCCUCUCUUUCCUCCUCAAUUUUUUCUAUUUCUCUCUUUCUCCUCCUAGUCAUUAUUACUUGGCUUUCUCUUUCUCCUCCCCCUCCUCUUUUCUGGGAUCCUUUUUUAUACCUACCAAAACAUUGAGGUGCACACAGAUCAAGACAUACUCUUGGGAUAAUGCACAAGUAGUUUUAGUGGGCAACAAAUGUGACUUGGAAGAAGAGCGUGUUGUGUCCACUGAACGAGGGAAACAAUUGGCUGAUCAGUUAGGUUUGGAAUUCUUUGAAACGUCGGCAAAAGAAAAUAUCAAUGUGAAAGCUGUGUUUGAGCGAUUGGUGGACAUCAUUUGUGAGAAGAUGUCUGAAAGUCUGGAUACGGAUCCAACUCUUCCUUUUGAUCCUACCAGUGUCACUCUUCCCACCCCUGCCUUACCUCCAACCAGCACCUUCCCCUCUCUCUGCUCCAUGCCAGAUGGACAGCUGCUAAAACUUCUAGAGUCUCUUCUUCUCUUCGUCCUCCUUCUCCCCCCCUUACUACUAUACUACUGA